GAAAAUUCAAUCACUACAAGAAUUCACAACUUCACCGAUGAGAAAGCAUGUCGGAAAGAAAGGAAAUCAUGUCGGUAAAACCAACUUCCCACUUGAAUCAUGUCGGUAAACCUGUUGUCGCUGAAAGUGGCCUCGGUAAUUCAUUUACCGACGUGGAUUAAAGCUACGUCGAUGAGAAGGCUGCCAAUUACCGACAAGAAACAUAUCUCCACCAAAAAGCCGGAACAGUAUCAUCGGAGAUUUUUUUUGGUAACCCACGUCGGUAAAUUACCGACGAAGAUCACGUCUCCAAGUACAGCAGUGCCUCUGAAGGUGUGCUACGUCGCUAAUUCACCAAGGAAGAAGUUGUACGAAAAUUUUAAUUUACCGACAAGAUUAACAUCGGGAAUGAAGAAAGCCAUUUUUCAUUUGGCAGCUUACCGAUGAAGAUCACGUUGGUCUAGGAGGUUUCUAGGAGGAAAUCAACAAUUUAAGCCUCA